AUGACGCCAUCAACCACGAAGCAAUGGAUCGUGUCCCGCAAUGACAAGGGGUUUGAUGGCCUCGAGCCUCGCGAAGUUAAGAUCCUAGAAGUCGGCGAGAUCGAAGUUCGGAUCAAACUCAAUGCCGCAGCUUUGAACUACAGAGACUUGGUGAUCGCAAAGGGCACUUACCCUCACCCACACAAGCUGCCCGUCGUCCCACUGUCUGAUGGCGCAGGCGAGGUCGCCGCAGUCGGCUCUAAAGUCCGACAGUUCAAGCAAGGCGACAAAGUGGCCACCUUGUUCCUCCAAAGGAGCAUGUAUGGGCCCAUGACCCCGGAUGCCUGGCCUAGCGGAAUCGGAGGUGUUCUCGAUGGAACCUUGCGCCAGUAUGGAGUGUUUCCUAAAACGGGCCUGGUGCGGGCUCCGAGGAGCCUCGACGACAUCGAGACCGCUACUCUGUCGUGCGCCGCGCUGACUGCGUGGAACUGCCUCUACGGCCUCAAACAGGUCAAGCCCGGGGAGUUUGCCAAGGCAGCGGGGGCGACCGUGAUUGCGACAACGUCUUCUGCGGCCAAGGCCGAGAAGCUCAAGCAGCUCGGUGCCGAUUUUGUGAUCAAUUACAAAGAAGAUGUAAACUGGGGCAAGACUGCUCGGGGCCUUACCCUCCAAGGCGUGGGGGUUGACCAUAUCAUCGAAGUCGGCGGUGCAAAGACCAUCGAGCAGAGUCUGGAGGCUAUCAAAUUCGAGGGUGUCAUCAGCAUCAUUGGAUUCCUUGCCAGCCAGGAUGUCAAGACAAGCGUCUUUGAAUGCCUCCAAAAGGUGUGCACGACCCGCGGUGCUGUCGUGGGCUCUCGGGCCAUGAUGGAGGAUAUGAUUGCGGCCAUUGAAGCCAAUGACAUCCACCCCGUCAUUGACCGCGAGGUUUUCACUUUCGAGCAGGCAAAAGAAGCCUAUCAGUAUCUGUGGGACGCGAAGCAUUUUGGCAAGGUGGCCAUCCGAAUCGAUUGA